GUGGGCAGAGGAGACAAACAAGAGCCACAACAGCAGGAAAACCAGUUCAUCUUUAUUUGACACAGAGCAGAGCCGUCUACCUGAUUAAUAAUGAGCAGUAAAAGGGCCGGUAUGAAGAAACACCCCAAGAGAAGGGGACAGAGAGCAACUUCGAACAUAUUCGCCAUGUUCGACCAGGCACAGAUACAAGAAUUUAAAGAAGCAUUCAAUAUGAUAGAUCAGAAUAGAGAUGGAUUCAUUGACAAUGAAGAUCUGAAAGACAUGUUGGCAUCGUUGGGUCAGGAACCAAGUGACGCUGUUGUUGACGAAAUGAUGGGAGAGGCACCUGGACCUCUCAACUUUACAAUGUUCCUGACUUUAUUUGGAGAAAAACUCACUGGAACUGAUCCCGAAGAUGUUAUAAGGAAUGCUUUUGCUUGUUUUGAUGAGGAAGGAGUCGGCACUAUACACGAAGACAGACUAAGAGAACUUUUGACUACAAUGGGAGAUAGAAUCACUGACGCUGAGGUGGAUCAGAUGCUCAGGGGCGGAGCUCCAGUUGACAGUGCCGGUAACUUUGAUUACGUUGCAUUUACAAGGAUCCUUAAACACGGAACCAAGGAAGACUAAAGUUUCCAUUUUAUCAAUCUCAAUUUAACAGUCUAUAAGCUGUAGUAACAUUAUCAUUUUACUUAGUUGUGUAGCGAGAUAACCAUUAUUAUUAUUAGCAACUGGCCAAUGUUUUAUCCAUUAAUUUUUCUUUUAUGUAAUAAUUAUAAUAAUAA